AUAGCAUUAUUGAUCGGAAAUAAAACGAUGCUAGCUCUGCUUCUGUGAUUACCAGGAUAAACAGACUUUUGGCACCUGUCGAUUCCCAUAUGGACAAUUUUAUUGUAUAGGAAACCAUGACAAGAAGUAGGAUGAUGGAAGAAACACAAGUCAGUGUUAACGAUGAAAGUUACGACUACGACAGCUUUGACGAAAACAGUGAUGAAAGACCUACAGAACGUUGGGCUCCACUAGGUGCUGCUGCCGUCAGUCCUGCUCCAUCUCAGACAGAAACUAGCCAUCAUGCACAGAAUGAUCAGUUACGACAGUUAGAAGAAGAGCAAGAACAGUUAAAUUCAUCACUACUAGCCCUGACCACACAUUUUGCCCAUGUCCAAUUUAGAUUGAAACAGAUUGUUAGUGCACCUCCUGAUGACAAAGAGACAUUAUUACAAGAACUGGAAGAGUUUGCCUUUAGAGGUAUUCCUGAUGCCAGAUUAUGUUUAGACAAAAAGUUAGAAGAGGUUCAAGAGGAAAUGAGCGAUCAGGAGCAUGAACAGAAAUUAAUAGAGCAGAGAGAGAAACAGAGAGAAUUAAUAGAACAGCUGAAAAAACAACUGGAGGAGUUAGAAACUUAUGCUUACGAGACUGGUGAUGCUGAUGUGGUUCCUACAUCCAAAGUGAUGGAAAAACAAAAAGUUGUCAUCGAUGAACUGAAACAUAAACUGGAUCUUAAUCUGGAGGGCUUUGACAGUCUCAGCACAGAUCAGUUGAAACAGAUUGUUGAUCAUGCUGUUGGAGAGAUAGUUAACCCAGGCAAGGUUAAAGAAAAGCUGAUUCAGCAGUUAUCAACACAGAUAACUGAUUUAGAAAGAUUUAUACAGUUCUUACAAGGGGAGGCAACAAGUCCUGGACCUUUAGGAAAAGAAAGAUGCACAUGUACAGUUCAUAAGUUUCCUUCCAGUGAUUGUUCAGAUACCUCUUCAAAAGAUUGUAAAGUACGAGACCGAAAUACCAACAAGCACAAUAAAAAGAAUGUGAAAGAAACAAGAGCAUUUAUAAAGAAAAGUAUUGAGUUACUACAGAUGUUCCUCAUCAGUCAGUUUGGUUGUGGUGGGAGGGAUUUCCAGAGAAACCUACUGAAGAAAACCACAAAAGGCAAUCAUUGGGGCGACUUACGAGCUAGGUUAGAGGUUGCUAUAAACAAAGUAUUAGAGGCAGCGGUAGAGGAGGAAAAAAAUCAGGAAAAAGACGACAGGUUCAGUGAAUAUGGCAGUGAUUCAGAGGAGAGUCAAGAACAAAGCAGUGCUUUGCUUACACAGACGGUGAGAAAAGAUCUUUCCAUGGCCAUUAGAGAUUUGAUGGAACAUGGACUUAUGGAGAUAGGACAGAGUACAAGUGUAGUACCAUGGGGAUGUUUUCCAUCGAGGUCAGCACAACUAACCAGACAAAUGCAUGCUUGGGAUUUGUUGAUAAAAUUUUAUGAAAUGAAGCAUGGUAAAGAAUACAAUGAAUCCCCGGCCAGAAUGUUGUCUCAGUCAUUCCACUUGGACAUCGUUGGAGGAAAAGCCAUUACUGCCAAACAGACAUUACUUGGUGCAAUAGAUACAGUCAUCUCAUCUCAUACUCCACUCAAACGCACAGAAGAUUCUCAUUUUAAAGCUAUUAUCUCACUUGCAUUAAAUGAAAGAAAACUUCCAACGUGGUUAAAGUUAUUAUUCCGAACACAGAGUUUAAUAGACAAUUAUUACCAAGACUGGAGCUACGUUGCCAGAACAGGAUUUGAUGAUGCGAUCAAGGCUCUUGACAGAUUAAACAAUAUCAACUUCAAACUCCCGGUAGAUUUGGCGGUCAGACCAUUUAGUAACAUCAAAGAUGCUUUCUAAUCACAGACAUUCUCAAAGAAAAGUAGGGGAAGGCAAAAUUUUUAAUGGCAUUACAUAGAAAAAAAUAGAGGAUUCCAAUGAUCUGAUAAAAAUUCAAAAACAAGAGGAGCGAACUUCCUUAAAUAUUUGUAAAGCCAAUAGAAAAUAUGUGUUGACAGUCAUGUGACUAAUUCCUAAAGGUGUCGCUUAUCCUUAACAUUUAAAAAACUAUAAAUUGAGUUUUCUUUUUUAAAAUUCAAACAUCAACAAUUAACAUCUUUUUUGGAGUUCAGAGAUAAACAAACAACAUCAUUUGAACUCUGGUGGAUAUUUGUAUCAUUGGCAAUCAUACCACAUAUCCUUAUUUUUAUAAUGGAAGCCUUUGGUUACACAAUACUUGAUAAGAAGACAAAAACAAGCAGGAUUAUGUUAUAUUGUAUGAAUUUUAAAUAAUCAAUGUUUUUUUUUUCAAUAUUUCAAAUGGAAUAAAAUUGAGAAUGAAAAUGGGGAAUGUGUCAAAGAGACAACAACCCGACCAUAGAGCAGACAACAUAUUUAACCCAUGCAAAAGUUGUUGUGUUGACGUCAUUUUGAACAAUGACUGAAAAUGAAAGAAACUAAUCAAUGUAUUAAAUUUACAAAUGUGACUGUAAACAAACAUGUUUAUUUUUGGGGUCAAAGGGGAGGUAAUAAUAAGGCAUAUGAAAUACAAAUUUGAAAGACAGUUGCAGUGUCUGAAGAUAAUCUCUAUGAUAAGGUUAGAUCUUUAAGUAUUAUUGAAAAAUGAAGAUGGUUUCUUAUUUUUCUUUUUCUGAUAUAAAAUUAUGAAAAGAAUAGUAGGGGUUAACAGGCAAAAUCUUAAAUGGCACUACAUGGAUAAAACCAGAGGAAUUCGAAUAUCUGACAAAAAGUCAAAAACAUGAUCAGUCAACAUCCUUAAGCCAAAAUGUAUUUUGUUAUUUUUCUUCUAAACGGUUGUAUGCAUUUAAAAAUUUCAAAAUCCUAUAUUUGGUAUAAAUCUUGUACAUGUGUAUUGUUAGCCACUUACUGAAUAACUGAAGGGAGACAAUUUCAGGUUUUGUCUGCUUUUCUUAAGACUUUUUGUCAUAUUUGUUCAGCCUUUGAAAUAUACUACUUAAAUUUGUCAUGUACAUUGCAUAUUCCAUAUUAACUUGUUUUUACUGUAAGUUCCAAUAUUUUUGCAUGAAAUGAUAAGUUUUUACUGUAAGUUCCCAUAAUUUUGCAUGAAAUGACAAGUGGGAAAUUUUUGUAACUGCUUUAUUUUGGCUAAUUUCCUCCAUAUGAUGAACUUGCAAAAUCAGAAUCACCAUUCUGUAAAUGAGAUCUGUAAGGAAGGUCAAAAACUGAGACCAGAAACCUUGUAAUCAGAUUCCACCCAGAAAUCAUGAAAUUUAAACUUCACAAACAUAAAUAGAACUGUAAAAGACAUUGAAGAAAUUAAAAUCAUGUGGGGCAUGGGCAAAUGAUGGGAGGCACUUUUUUUAGAUCCUCAUUACCCAUAAUAUAAAAUUUUCAUUUUACUUAUAAUUCAUACAAAAUUCUAGGAAAAUGCAACCCCACAAUUAAUAAAUUUGAAUACCUCCUAUCUCUCCCACAGGGAUCAAUUUUGGAACAGCCCAAAGUAAACGUUUUGGGCUCAGUUAUAUCAAAUGAAGAAAUGUCAAUUUUAUUUGUCACAAAAUACAAAAAGAUUGAUAAAUUAAUACCAGUAUUAUAAUUCAAACUUUAUUCACCAAAAUUCAUCAUUCAUAUUGUAACCUAAUUUCAUUGUUUCUUUUUAUAAUUGUUCAUGAGAUUUUUGAUGAAAAUUCAUUCCAGUGGACUUCUUUCAUUCCAGUUGACUUUUUCAUUCCAGUAGUUUUCUUUCAUUCCAAGAGGAUCCAUUUGAAAAAAUAAUUUACACAAGAAAUCCAUACUUUUACAUUUGUAUAUAUGCUAUUUUACAAUUCACAGGUUGUUGGGGAAACAUAGAAAAAGUUGUGACAUAUUUAAUAUGAUUUUGUAUAGUUGUCAUCUUUUGUUAUUAUGUAUAUAUAUUAUGCAUACCCCAUUUUUGUUAUGUAUUAUUAUACAUGUGAUUUUGUUUUGUUAUGUUUAAUAGAUUGAAAUCCAUUUAUUAUUUUUCUUGAUAUUAUGAAGCUGUUUUUAUUAAGUGCAAUUGAAGUACUGCUAUUUCCUUUGAUUGUUCCUCCAAAAUGGUGACCAAGGUAAAUAACUCAAACUUAAAUUAUGUCAUAUCAAAACUUAUCAAUUGGUCAAGUAGAUUUGUCUUUUCUACCUGUCCACAGAGGGCAUUCAACUUCUGCCAACUCGAAUUAAAUUUUUUUUAAUAUGUCUUAAAAAAAUAUAAUUUUUCAAAAGCUCAACUUUUUUAGUUUUAGUCGCAAUCAUUUGAAUUAUAAAGUUUUAAAAUGUCUGACAUGUUUUAACUAUGUCAGACCAAUUGUCUGGUUAAGACAAAUUUUCAGACUUUGUCAGUCCAAAUGUUUGUUAAAACAAAUUUUCAGACUAUGUUAGUCCAAAUAUCCUUUUAUAUAAACUAAGACAAAUUUCUUUUUCAAGAACUCUGCAGUAGUUCAAUUCUGAUGAUUAAAGAAAAGAAUUGGGAUGUCCAAUAGAAAAAAUAGGCAAAGGGGUCUUUCUAGUAGUUUGGCCCAUCUCCGGUCACUCCAACCGUGGACGGGUGGAUAUGACAAAUCAUCUUUGAGCUAUAGUGUAUCUUGGAUAUGCAAUUGAAGGGAAUAGCUAGCUAGGCAAUAUUUAUUUACAUAAGUUUAUUUAUAUAUCUAUUUUCUUGUUUAUUUUAUUCUUUGAAUCCAUUGAUGUGAAAUCCAGGUAAUAUUUUGUUAUGUUGUCACUUUAUUUACUAAAUGGUUUAAUGAUUUAUUCUUUUACAUUGCCAUGUAUUCAAAUAUACAGGGCACUCUAGAUUUUUACAAAAAUUUGGUGGACAUUACUUUGAGUUUGCCUAUAAUCAUUAAGAUAUGUCUAGACAAUAUGGUGUAGGACCUAGGAUUUUAUAUGGAUUUCUUUAGAUCUUGUUUCACCACUGAUACAUUAACAUUAUGCAUGUGGGGAAAAUUUCCAGUCUUCAAUGAUUUUCAUAAAAUAUUCUAAGUUUAUGUUUUAAAAAGCGAUUCCAACAAGUUACGGAUCUAGAGUGAUCUCCCUUUAAGCAAGGGUUACCACCUUUUGAUCUUUAUGAAUGAUGAAUUGUUUUUUAAUAGCCAUGAAAAUGAUUAUUUUACAGUUUCAAGUUCACAAAUGUUACUUCUCUUGCCAUUAAAAUUUGGUACAGAUAUACAUCAAUCGUAAGUUUUUAUGAAUGAGUUACACUGGUUAACCUGAGGUCAAUCAGUGUAAAUGACAUCAUUAAGCAAUUCCUUCUUACUAUGACGUAAUAACAUAAGCAUUAAGACAUAUGAAAUGUACGGGAAAGUGCAUGAAUUUUUCCUUCUUACUAUGACGUAAUAACAUAAGCUUUAAGACAUAUGAAAUGUACGGGAAAGUGAAUGAAUUUGUAAGUUGUCUAUAAAUUCACUUUAAUUAAGACAGAUAAAUACAUGUUUACCAUAAUCAUUUUCUUGUUUAUUGUAAAGGUUCUUUUUUACAUUGAACUUUUGUUUAUUGGUAUGUUAUCAAUACUAGUAAUUAGUGGUCAGCAUUUAACAAUAAAUAUAGAUUCUACCACUGCAUUGAGUGUGAUACGAUAUUUAUCCACUCGACACAGUUAAAUUUUCAAAUUUAAAACGCGAGGCUUGAUGAGCGUUUUAAAUAUUAAAAAUUUAACUGUCGAGAGUGGAUAAAUAUCGUAUAACACAAGAUUUGGUGGUGGAAUCUGUUUCUAUAAUGAUUUUCAAACAAUACGCAGGCAAACUUAUUCCUGCCAAAAAAUGUGUUCUUUCUCUGUGACGUCAUCAGGCAAGGUCGCCUUUUUUCAUGCCGUCACAAUAGGAAAUUCAGAGGAAAGCAAGAAAAUUCGACGUCAUAAUCGGAUUAUAACCAAUGAAGAACUGAGGUCAAACGAACCACAAGUUGAUGAAAUUUUUUUAUACAGUGGGUGCAGAAAGGGAUACAUUGACGAAGAAUUAGAGAAAUUUAUUGACACAAUUCAUUCCAUGGGAGGUUAUGAAAUCUUACUUUAUUUACAUAAUUCAUUCCAUGGGAGGUUGUGAAAUCUUACUUUAUUUACAUAAUUCAUUCCAUGGGAGGUUGUGAAAUCUUACUUGUAUUGUUUUGUUGACAAUACCUGUUUACUGUGGAUUCAUAUAUUUUCCUGGGUACCAAUUUCCAUUGAUUGAGUAACGAUAGGAUUUUUGUGGAUACUUGAUUAGUUGUCUUGCCAAAUAGAUAUAAGAAGAUGUGGUAUGAGUGCCAAUGAGACAACUCUCUAUCCAAGUCACAAUUUAUAAAAGUAAACCAUUAUAGGUCAAAGUACGGUCUUCAACACGGAGCCUUGGCUCACACCGAACAGCAAGCUAUAGAGGGCCCCAAAAAUGACUAGUGUAAAACCAUUCAAACGGGAAAACCAACGGUCUAAUCUAUAUAAAAAACGAGAAACGAGAAACACUUAUGAACCACAUCAACAAACGACAACUACUGAACAUCAGAUUCCUGACUUAGGUGCUAAAGUCUGUUUUCAAACCUAUUAGAAGUUUGUACUUUGUUGAACGUUUAAAUUCGAUAUUCACUUAUAUCCACGAAAUCCAAGAAAAUUGGUAAUCCACAAAUAAUGAAUCCACAGUAUUAUUGUUUAUUUUUUAAGAUAUUUUAAAAAGAAAAGCUUAAUCUCUUAUCACCCUAAAGAUUAAAAAAAAGUGGAUAAAUUUUUGAAGAAGGUAAUGAAAAUAAGUAUCCCACAAGUAUUUACUGAUGAGUCUACAGUGGAUUAGACUUUAGUUGAAUCUCCUGUUGACAAUUGUUGUUGAUGUUGCAUUUAUGUCAUGAACAUGAUAUCUAAUAAAUUAUUUCAGCAUGAAA